GGAGAUGCCGUGCGCAGCAAGAGUGUGACGUUUUAGAGGGGACCGAGUUUUGGUUGCAAGGCGGUGUGUGUGGUGGGUGGCAGAUGGCAGAUGGAUGAAUGUUGUUGUUUGCCCCCAUUGUCCUUCUUCCGCGUGCGUUAUUGGCAAAAAAAAACUAUUUUUUUUUUCUUUUGCUCUCCUCGUUGCUGCCGAUUGUCUUUUGGCCUUUUACCCCUCGAUUGUUUGUUCGAGUGUGUAUUUUAUGAAAACUCGCGAUCGUUCGGGAUUUCGACCUUUAUCCUCUCUCGCCUUGCUCCAUCCACGGCUCGCUCGCGCGUCUCUUACGCCAAACGCAUCUUUUUGAACGCGACUUUUUCUUGUCGGGUGUGUCAUUAACGGGCUUUGGUGCUUUUACGCCGUGUCGGAUCCUUACCGCUUCCGUGUCGGAUCGCGUGUGCCAACCCGACGAACAAGACACUCUUCAUUCUAACAACACCGCCGCCGUAUUCUCCCCGACUGCGCCCUUUGCUUUUGGAAGGGCUAACGUGUUCGAUUUCACGUUGCUCUCGUCGUUGCUCGUUCUCGUUGUCGUCGUCAUCGUCGCCGUUGUCGUUCCUUUUUACAAUUCUUCUGGAUCUCGGCCGAGCAAAACAUGCUCUACUCGGGAGAGCACCACGGCGAGCACACCCCGCCGAACGCGUCCCACGGACGCCCAGACUCGGGUCUGGGCGAUCUGGCUCUCCCAACUCUUCCGACUGCCGUCGAAUCGGACGCCACCAGUAUCCACUAUCGUCCGGAACGGAGCAUUACGCCUCCAUCAGCCCUUGAGAGACGCGGGAGUGUCGACGGGGACCACGUUGCGUCAUUUGUAGCAAAGCUUUAUAGUCUGCUAGAGGAUCCGGAUCAUCGUCGCUUCGUUGAAUGGAACGAGGCCGGUGACGUUUUUGUUGUUUUCCACACCGAUGAGUUUGCAGAAACGGUCCUACCAAAGUACUUUAAACACAGCAAAUUCCCAUCCUUUGUACGGCAGUUGAAUAUUUACGGAUUUUAUAGAGUCUCUGAUGCCCGCAAAUCCCCUCAUGUUCGCAGCAAGGAAGCUUGCGUCUUUUCCCAUCGCUAUUUCCUUCGCGGUCGCAAGGACCUUUUACCAGCGAUUCGUCGCAAAGUUCCAAAAAAGCUACCAAAGUCACAAGACGAUAGUGGAAACGAAAGUAACGGCCCACCUCGUGCCGUCGUUCCCAAGAAAACCAAAAUAGCCAGAAUCAUAAACAAGCCCCCACCGCUCACUGGUAUCGGAAAGAUGCAGCGGGCGCCACCGCAAAAGGAGGAUGUCAUGAAACUUGUUCAAGCGUAUGGCGAUAUUCAUACCGACAUGAAGCGAUUAGAUGAUUAUGUCGAGACAAGCAUUUGGCCGACAAUAGAAGGAUUCAAGGAGUCAAUGCAAAUGCAUGGACAUAAUGUUACCACUGUGCAGGAUUAUAUGCAUGCCAUUCCCUAUCCUGAAGUCGAAAAAGUACAAAAGGCACACAAACGCAAAAGAAAGAGCGAGAUCAGCCCAGUCGCUGAAGAUCUUAUCAGCAAACAGAGCCGGUUCGCUCCCACCCUCCGCAGAUGGGAAGGCCCGAAGCUCACACAUCUGAAUCUACACCACUCGUAAAGUCCUCUCCACUCAUCAUGAGGGAACCAACACCAGUGGCCGAACCUUUUUACAUUCCAAGUCCUGUCGACCUGCUACCCCGUGGAGUCCACAACGACGACAGUCUCCCAAAAUUAAGUCAAAAUGAAAUUGAAAACCUGACGGAACGAUACGAUAUGGACCCGUCUUCGUUUCCAGAGGCCACCACGUACGAGCCCAAUAGGUACUCACCCGGUCGAACGCCCGAGAGUCUAAGGGAUACAAGUCCCAGCCAAACAGAAGAAAACAUGUCAAGUGUCAAAACGACUCUAUCACCCGUCGCAACGACAGAUACCGUGGCAGCCCUGCCCAUUACCGCCCCAACCACUACUUCAAAACCCCACUCCGCUCCCCCGAUCAUUGAACCUCCAAGCUUCCCAACAACAACCCUAUCCCCAUACCAUUGGUCCGCCCCGUCGUCAGCUCCUAUAUACCCCUGUCGGACAAUGUACCCAUCUCAAGAUACAUGCUGCCAAUGCUCCGAGAUGGCUCCGCUGCCAUACCCAACAGCAUGGCGGAGCCCAGUGUCGCCCCCGCUUGCCCGCUUAAUGCCUUACCGUCCUUCCUUUAUGCCCCAAACGAUUAUGACACCCACGCCGUACCAACCUCCUACUGUGCGGAACCUUUACACUGAUCGGAGAGCAUGAGCAGAAAAUAAACAAGGGUGAUACCCCCCCCCCCCCCUUCAGAAAAAGGAGGAAUGGAAGGACAUGUUUUUAACUUAUGUGGAUAACCAACAUAGAAAUACAGAAACAGAAAAUGCGGGAUAAACAACAAAAAAAAAAUUGGACAACGCCCAAAAGAAAAAAGUGAUGCAGAUCGUUUUUGGAUCUUGAAAGAGUAUCCAAUACUGUAUUUUCUUUAUUCUGUACAUUAUCUUGGAACUGUACAUUUUUUUUUGUUGUUGUGUGUUGUUUGUGAGAGAAACCUUAGAAAGUGUUCAACUGUUUGUAAAGAAGUUUGUGGAGGAAAAAAUACGAAAAUGUAGAUAGUGAAAAAAAGAGCAAACAGCUUGACAAAAAUGAUCAGUGGACAUUUAUACAGUAAAUACAGUUUUGAAUUUAUGAA